AUGGUGAAAGUUGAUGCCAGAGUGACCAUAAAGGAUGAUAAUCUUCUCACAGAUCAAAAACUUAAAGAUAAAGAUGGGCAACCAAUAUCUCGUAACUUACGCAAUCGGUCUCAUUCAAUAGGAAUGGGAAUCUCCACUUCCGAAGCACCGAAUAGCAUAAAUAGAAACAUUGAAGGCUUAAGACCUAAACCAUUCAUGAGAAGUGCUCAUUCUACAGGAGUUGUGCCGCAAGUCCCAACCUAUAAAUCCUCGACAAAGAACAUAUCAUCUUCGAAUACGGGAGUAGACAACUCCUCAUCUGGAUCCACCAGACGCUCGUCAAUACGAAGCAAUUCUCCGAACAAACACAGAAUGGAAGAUCAUGAAGGUAAAAUAUCUUCAAUAGAUUCUGUAGUAUCGACACCGACACUGGUUGUUUCGCCAGAGUUAGCAUCUUUGAGUACACUGAGCAGCGCUACCGUCUCAUCUACUCAAUUGCAUUCCAACAAACCUAGUUCGAAGGCAAACCAUCAUUCAUCAUCAAUUACAAGUCUGCAAGAUACAUCGACACCCAGUAGCUCGACAAGAUCGAUUAAUAGAACCAAUACUUCAUCUUCAAUCAGUUCGCGAACUUUUAAGAAACAGUACGUUCUCAAUGAGAAAAUUUAUUUAGCUAAGUUAAAAAAUAACAUUCCUGAUGACUAUUAUACUCGUGGGAUUGUACCGUCCACCCUAGAGGAUUAUGAUGACGUUGAAGAUGAUUUAGGGAGUGACAUUGACGAAUCAAUUGUUAAGGCGGACUUUAAUGAUGGUGGAUUUGGAUUAAAUUCCAUAAAUGGAAAUGCUGAAAAUCUGGUCACUAUGAGCUCAAAAUUUCUGCUCAAUCGACUGCAGUGGUUAAAUGAAACUCAGUCUCUUGAGAAUAAUCUUGGGAAGAUUACAUCCAGUAAUGAUAUAAUGGCACUUGAAGCCUUAUUUCCAAAAUUGUUACAAAAUUCCGCUAUUUUAGAGAGAAUUGAAUGGCAGACUAUGCUUUCAAAUGUAUUAAAUGGUGAUAUUGUGAAAAGCGAAAAGACAAAGAUUGCAAAGGAAAAUAAAACGCCAGGUUUGAAUACACAAUAUUCUGAUUCUAUUUGGCUCGAGUUGAAAGCUUGGAUGAAUGGCAGAACUGUUGAUGAUCAAAGAAAAUCAUUAAUUCUGCUAAGAGCAAAUAGCGAUACUUUUUUUCAAGAAGUUUUAAGUUUUCAUGUAGCUGACGAUCUUGAUCCUGAUGAAGCUGCAGACUUAGUUCGAGCAACACUUGAUAAUUAUGAUAAAAUAACAUCUUUUUGGCCUAAUAUGAAGCAACUUUACCAGGAAAAACCAAUUGCAAAUACAGAUGCAUUUAAAAAUAGGAUUGAGGCUAUGACAAACUGGUUAAGCUUUAAAGACAACUUUAACGAUAAGAUUCAUUAUUUGGAUAAAUGGAUGGGUAUGGGGGUUGAUGAAUCUCUACUUACAAGGGACGUUCUUGAAGAUCCAACAGCGCUGCUUGAAAAUACGAGAUCAUUUGUGGAACAGAUAAUGACGGAAAAGGAUAUUGAGGCUGUUUUCCAGAAAAAAAUAUUUUUCCCACUAGCACCAUGGCUAUUGAAAGCCAAAAUGUUUUAUAUGUGGUCUGGAAAAACCAUGGAUGAAUUAAAUCUUGUAUACACCAGGGAAGAAUUAAGAAUAUUAUUGAUGUUCCCAACAAAACUAAUCAAAGUCAUUGUGAUGAUCAGACUAGAGUAUGCAAAGAAGCUAGAGAAUCCAACAAUGAUGAUGAUCGACCAAAUGUUAGAUGACUUUAGUUCUUAUAUCCGUCUCUGUGUUAAUUUGGAGUAUACUGUUAAAAGAUAUUGCAUGGGAUGGCCCCUGAUCAUAAAAGAGGACCCUCAUUUUAACCAAACUGUCAUUGAUGCCGUCCAAUAUUUAUUCAGAUUACUAAAUAUGAAAUUAUUGGACAGCAACUCAACAUUUAUGAAAACAUCUAAGGCUCCUGAAAUGUUACUAAAGUAUUGGGAUGAAUUAAAAAACGUAGGCUCUUACAUUGAAGGUGCAGGAAAACUUAUUGCCACUGAAUUUAACAAGUUAACGUUACGAUUAUUACAGAAAGUUCAAAGUUAUAUAAUACAACAACAAAACAACCCACCGAUGCUCAAUAGUACGAAAGAAGCUGAAAAAUGGUUGAUGAACCUUUUUGAAAGCGUAGGUUCUAUAAAGAGAAAACUGAAUAGAUUUACGAAUAUUCAAACUAAGGCACUUCAGAAUUCAGUUAAUUUUGACGUACACGAUCAUGAAUUCUUAUUAGAAAGUCUUCGCCAGUCCGAUCAUUUUUUACUUUAUACUGGAGGUGAGUUGGAAGAGAGUGGUAUUUACCUAUUUGCAAGUCCCGAAUUACUUGGAUGUGAUGAAGAACAAAUUCUUAGGAUUUUACGAGGAUCAGAUAUUGGUUGCGAUUUACUCCCUAAAUUAGAAAUCAAGAAUAGUUUGACCGUCUAUAUUGCUAAUGAAAAUCACAUAGAUGUUAAUUCUACGAUGGUUCAGAAAAUGGGGAAGAAUGGUAUUCCUUUCUAUUACGUUGAAAAUAACGGCUCAUCUCUCCAUUCAAGCCCAACUCAAAACUUUCAGGAAUCAUCGAUAGACCCAAUAGAUUACCAUUUGAAAAGUGAAAAUGAACUUUCAGAUUUAGAAAAGAAAUUACAAUCUUUAGGGUAUAUAGUUGCAGUUUGUCCAACAGAACCAAUAUUAUGGAAUGGAAAAAUGUACAAUAUAAACCAAAACGGUGGAAUUAGUCUUUCUGAUGUAAACUUAGAUCCAUUAGAAAAUUCGAUGACUUUGCUCGGACAAGGAUCAUGCUACGCGCUUGAAUACCAAAGAGAAAGAUUCCAAGCCACGGUGGGUGACUCGGUUUCUUCAAUCAACAAAUGUUGUUCGGUUAAAGAGGUAGAGAUGCUUUUACAAAGAAUAAAAAAAUGUUCCUUCCGCUGUACCUAUAAUGUUCUCAACAAUUAUGAGAAAAUUGUAACUACUUUUAAGAAGGCAUGCCCUGCAAAUGACGAUCUUACAAAUGGGAUUUUCAUUUUUACAAGAGACUUUGGAUGGAACUUUCUUCGAACCAAUGCUGCAACCUGGGAAAAGAGGUCUUUGAUUAUUUUAUUAAUGGUUAGAUUAACGAUCGAUUGGCUGUCCUUCCUAAUAGAUGAUUGUGAUCCGACUGACAAAAGAACGUUUAGGUGGUGUGUCACUGCAAUGGAAUUUUCUAUGAAGAUAACAAAUCGUUGGAAUAUUUUGAGUUUAGAUGAAACGCAAUUUUUAAUGUUGAAACAGAAGAUUGCGGCUUGUAUGUCUUUGCUGAUUCUGCAUUUCGAUGUCAUGGGUGCGAGAGCUGAUGAACUUGAAAAGAGAUAUGUUCAAGUAAAAUCAAACGUAGGCUUAGAAGAUGACUUUAAUGCAGAUUUAGUGCUAGAGAUAAACUCAAACCUGCGAAUGGAGAAACUAAAUGAAUUGGAGAAUCAUUUAAGAAAUAAUUCGUAUCAAGUUGGUAAAAUUUUGGAUGAUAAUGACAAGAAAAACAAAUUCUUAUCAUCACUUGCUUCAUCCGUAUCCAACGUUUCGAUAAGGUGGCAAAAGAGAAAAUUUGUUGGUGGAGGUACAUUUGGUGAAGUUUAUUCUGCAGUUAACUUAGAUACUGGUGAAGUAUUAGCUGUUAAGGAAAUCAAGAUUCAAGAUAGUAAGAGUAUGGAAAAGAUUUUCCCAUCUAUUAAGGAAGAAAUGAAUGUAUUAGAGAUGCUAAGUCAUCCAAACAUUGUCCAGUAUUAUGGUGUGGAAGUGCAUAGAGAUAGAGUAAAUAUAUUCAUGGAAUAUUGUGAAGGUGGUUCCCUUGCAAGUCUAUUGGAACAUGGUCGAAUAGAAGACGAGAUGGUGACCCAGGUUUAUACUUUACAAUUGUUAGAAGGUUUGGCAUACUUACAUGAAUCUGGUAUUGUGCAUCGUGAUAUUAAACCAGAGAAUAUUCUUUUGGAUUUUAAUGGGAUCAUCAAGUAUGUUGACUUCGGCGCCGCUAGAAAGAUUGCUAAGAAUGGGACGAGAGUAGUCACAAGGGAAAUGCCUGAUGAAAAUGAUGAUGAAAAUGGAAAAGUUGUUGGUCGGAAUAAUUUCAACGACAUUAUUGGUACUCCGAUGUAUAUGGCUCCAGAAGCUAUUACAGGCUCUCCUAAGAAGGGACACCUUGGAGCUGAUGAUAUUUGGGCUUUAGGAUGUGUCGUCUUGGAAAUGAUUACCGGGAAAAGGCCAUGGGCUAAUCUAGAUAAUGAAUGGGCUAUUAUGUACCAUGUUGCUGCUGGACAAAUACCUCAAUUACCGACCAAUGAUGAAGUUUCUCCAGCUGGUAUGCAUUUCUUAAAACGAUGUCUGAAACAAAACCCUGCUCAACGUGCCAGUGCAGUUGAAUUAUUAAUGGAUCCAUGGAUCAUUGAAAUCAGAGAUCUCGCAUUUGCAAGUGAUGAGCAAAAUACACCACCCACAUAA